GUCACGUGUCCAGGCGGCCUAAGCCAGAGCCUCUGUGGAGGGCGGUGGGCCCUUCCCCUAGAGGGUCUAACCCUUCGACCUUUAGGACACUGAUGUCCCAGCCCCAGAGGUGCUGACCAGGUCCACUGUUGGGGUCAGAGGGGCCUGUGCCUCACAGAGGGGGAGCCCUCUGCUGCCUGCCGGGUGAGCACCUGCUCAGGAAUGGCUGGGACAGGUGGGGCCCCCACAGUGAGGCAUCCGGCCCGCAAUGGGAGUAGCUCUGCCAGCGGUGACAGCACAGCACGCUGCGCGUUGCUAUCGGGGAGUGUAGCUGCGGCGGCUCCAGACUCCCAGGCGGAGCAGGUGGAGGGUGGGGACCCCUCACUAGCCUGCCUGGGGCGUUUGAGGGACUGGACCUGGGCCCCUCCCUGGCGGUGUGGAUUCUCUCCCGCACUCCGCAGUCACCCCUGGACGCCGUCACCGUUCACUGCAUUCAGGUCACGAGAACAGCACAGCUGUGAUCAACACACAAGCUGAGGGCACCCUGAGCCCCCCAGGCCUGUCCAGUCUGCCUGUGGUCAGGGAAUGGGCCCUCACACACACCGUAAGUGCCAGCACCCAGCGCACCUGUGCAGCACCUGGGCACUCGGGCGUGAAUUCGUCCCCUGAAAUGCCAGCCAGGCCCGGGCACUUCCUCUGUGGGGUCAAGCAGAAACUCCUGAUGGAGGGCCUCCAGAGACUCGCAGAGAAUGUUGGUGGUGCUGCCAUGGCCUGUGGGUGCUGCCUCCUGGGGGUGGUUUACUUUUCCAGGCCCAGCUUUUCCUUGGAGACCGCCCACCCGGGGUCCCACAGGGAUGUGCACUGUGGCCGUGAGUCCCCUCCUCGCUCCCAGGCCCAUGGGACAGAGGGCCACCCGAUGCUGACUCCAGAAGAGGCCGGAGCUGCGGGCGUUGAGAUGUGCUCACACGGCACCCCUCAGCCACUGCUGCUGUGGGCAUGAGCCUGCCUGGCAGGCGCGUCCUGGAGUUUCACUGCCGUGUCCCCUCCAGGCCCAGCUGCCCGAGUGCUGUGUGGAUGUGGUGGGCGUCAACGUCAGCUGCCCAGGCGCAAGCCUGUGUGGUCCAGGCUGUUACAGGCGCUGGAACGCGGACGGGAGCGCCAGCUGUGUCCGCUGUGGGAACGGAACCCUCCCAGCCUACAACGGCUCCGAGUGUAGAAGCUGUAGUCGCUGGCCGGGGUGCGCCAUUCCCCAUGAACAGAAGCUCAGGGACCCCCGGGCGGCCACAUCCUGGGGCUUCGCGCGUGGCCGCCUCCCUCUUCCUGGGCACCUUCUUCAUCAGCUCCGGCCUCAUCCUCUCCGUAGCUGGGUUCUUCUACCUCAAGCGCUCCAGUAAACUCCCCAGGGUCUUCUACAGAAGAAACAAAGCCCCGGCCCUGCAGCCUGGCGAAGCCGCUGCAAUGAUCCCCCCGCCACAGUCCUCAGUACGCAAGCCGCGCUACGUCAGGCGGGAGCGGACCCUGGACGGGGCCACGGACCCCGCUGCCUUCUCGGCGGAGGCCCGUAUCAGCAAUGUCUGACCUGGAGGCCGAGACCGCGCCACGCACUUGGCGGCAGGGACCCGGAGGCCGACCCCUUGGCGGGAACCCAGCACAAAGGGUUGGCAUUGCCCGGCGCCUGGGACAGUCCUGGGCACAGCCUCAGCUCUGAGUCCCUCCGUCUCCCAGCGACAGACGCCCAGGGGUCCCGGGACAGUCCUGGGCACAGCCUCGGCUCUGAGUCCCUCCGUCUCCCAGCGACAGACGCCAAGGGGUCCCGGGCCGCCUGAGGCUCCUUCCCACCACAGCCAUCUCGUUUAUCGGACCAGGAGCAGGCAUCCGUGAGACCUCAGAGCUUCAGAUCAAGGCCUUGGGGGGUCUGGGCCCCCAGGAAAUACGGUGAGGCCCCAGCGCCUGCAGCCAAGAUGGAGGCCUGGCUCAGGCAGCCAAAGCUGGCAUGAUCUGUGGGGCAGGCGCCGCUCUGCCUAGAAAAGCCAGGGGCUCCGCUGCCAUGCCCUCCGGAGCCCACGACGGGCAGGACACCUCCAGCACCACCGCACCCCGUGGCCCGAGACCCCUCUGGGGACAGUGAGGCUGGUCCUCGUGCCGUUCCAGCCGGUGCCCAGCCAGUGGGCAGGACGCAGCCUAGGAACCAGCUGCCUGAGACCAGGGUGCCUCUGGGCUGUCCCCCUGCGUGGCGGAGACCCCAAGCACGCAGCCACCCAUUUCCGGAGCUGCAGGAUAGAGCUUCCUCUGGAUCUCUUUGUUUUUAAGCAGAAAUUCAUUGUGCAGAAAAGUCCUCCAGAGCUCUGCGGCCCCGCUCGGAUCCGCUGGACCCCCGUGCCUGGCUGAUCCCUGCCCACGUAGGGCAGGCCCACAUCUAACCCCCACAAGUCACUGCCUCACUGGACCUGCCGAGGCUGCCCUGGUGCUGUCUGAGGCGCUGUCUGAGUCCUGGGGUCCCUCCUGGAGUUGCUGGGAGAAAGGCGCCGUUGUGGCCGCCUCCCGCACGCCAGGCUUGGGGCUCCACUGUGGGUCUCAGAUGCCCUGCGGUACCGGCACUGUCUGCUUUAGCAUCGGAUCCCCAUCUGAGGGGUGGCCUGGCCUUCGGGGUCCCCACGCUCCUUUGCGAAGUCCGCUGUGGGUGCUAUCAUGGUCUCCGGGACCUGGGCCAGCGGGAACGUGGGGGGCCCUGAGUGCUGAUAUAAAGUCGGCAGUACGCAAGCUGCGUUCCGA